AUGGCAUUGGCGACGUCCCCCACCACCGGAUUCACUGUACCCGAAGUCGUGUUCUACUUUGAUGUCGUCUGCCCGUACGUUCCCACUGCUCUGCUCCAAGUCCUCCUUUCCUCAUGUUCCACCCAGCCCUGACGAAUGCUCCGUGCUUGGCUCCGCAACCCCCGGCGCGCCCGGUCACUUGCCCGCCCGUUCCCCAUCACCACCACCAGAUACGCCUUCAUCGCUUCCGAGCGGCUGCCGGACGUGAUCAGGUUCACCGGCGCCAACGUCACAUGGAAGCCGGUCGUACUCGGUGCGCUCUAUGGCAUGACCCAAGCACCCCAGGGCAAGGACGGAUCGGCAACGGAUGUCUUUGCGCCCGCCAAGCGUGCACUCGCCGCCGUCGACUUCCAGCGCGAGUCCAAGCGCUACGGUCUCCCCAUCAAGUUCCACCCCGAACACCCCGUGCGCUCCGUCGAUGCCGGACGUUUGCUGUGUGCAUUCCCCAACGAACAUCGGGGUACACUCGCUCGCGAGAUCUUCCGCGCGUACUUCUUCGACAACGCCAACAUCAGCUCGAGGGCGACCUUGCUGCGCAUCGCUCGCAACCUCAAGCUGACCUCAGUCGCGACCCCGACCCAUGCCGGUCCCUUCUCCCUCUCGCCCGCGCUCUCGUUCCAACUCGACGAGAGCGUGUUCUCCGACGUCAACCGAGAGGACCAACUGCGUGCCAACACGCAAGAGGCGUUCGAGCGUGGCGCGUUCGGCGUCCCUUCGUUCUACAUCCCCUCGCGCGAAAAGCUCUUCUGGGGCCAGGACAGGAUGGUUCUGCUCGAAGCCGAGUUGAUCUCGAUCAAGCUCAACAAGCCCGUCGAGUCGAUCCGACAACUCGAACGUCUGCACCCUCGAUGCCUCCGAACGGGGCGCGAGAGCCGUAAGCGUCAACUCAAGUUUUGGUUCGACUUUUCCUCGCCUUGGAGCUAUCUCGCUUGGAGUCAACUUGAGCGUAUCCAGCGGGAAAGUGGGCCCGGUCUCACGAUCGAGCUCGUACCUUUCUUGUUGGGAGCUUUGUUCAAGGGAAUUGGUACCCCGAUGGUCCCGAUGGAGUCCAUGUCGGAGGCGCGUCGCAAGUACAAAAUGCAAGAGUGAGUGCGGGAAUGGUGAUCUGCCCCUUGCAAUCGAAGCCAACAAACAUCCUCUCUCCCUUUGCCACGAUACCCCAUAGUUUGCAAGACUGGAACCGCUGUGAGUCGCGUGAUCAAAAGCAAGCCCAUGCAUGAAUUCCUCACUGAUGCUUCACCCCCACUCAGACUGGACUGCGGUCAAUGCUCAAGAAUACCCCCCUAUCGACGGCCCUUCCAUGGCCUGGCCCGACGAAUUUCCCAUCCGCUCCGUUACGGCCCUUCGAGUCGCCCUCCUCGAGGUAAACUUUUCUUUCACGACUCUCAUUACCCAAACAAAGUGCUUAUCCUGUCCAUCAUCAUCCCUUCACAGCGCAAGACGAUCCCCUGCCUCUUCCGCGCCGCCUGGCGCGACAACCGCCGCAUCUCCGAUGACCAAGUCGUCGUCGAAGUGCUGACCGCCGCCGGUUUCGACGGCAAGACCCUCGUUGCCCGAUCCCUGGCCGCCAAAGAUCAAUUACGUCACAACACCGAACAAGCGCAGGCGUUGGGGUUGUGCGGUGCGCCGACUUUCCAGUUCAAGGAUCAAUUGGUGUUUGGGGGGGAUCGGAUCAACGUCGUGCAGGAUUUGGUGUUGGGAUGGUCAGUUGCUUCGUUGGAGUUGUAUGGCUCCCGAGGAAGUGAUAACUGAUUCUGAAGGUUUGUGUUCUCAGGUCCCCGGAACGAUCAAAGUUGAAGGCUAGUGUCGCCGGAUUCGCUCACUUUGAUUGUAAGCUCCCAUCCCCUCCUUGCCGUAGUAAGGUUCGAGCUGUUGAGCUGACCCUCGACAUCUUCGGGUACGCUCUCCACAGACCGACUCUGA